UUCUCAUUCAGGGCUGGGGAUGGGUACCUUGUUUCAGUUUUGCAGACAUGUCAUUGUCCUAAGCUGAUCUGAAAAAGUUUACUACCAAAAUGUCGUCAAAAAGGCACAAUAAGAAACAAGAGGUUUGUGAAUCCAUAGAAGAAAACGUUGUCCUUAGUAAUUAUGCUGGAAGUUCUCAAGGAUUAUGUUCCAGGGACUUCGAUAGAAAAAGUAGUCACAGCCUGGCAAGCAUUUUGGCUACUCUGCCACGGAGCCACCGACAUGUGAGUUAUAUUAUAUUUUCAUUCUUUAACCAUGUCUGUCUGUCCCUCCAUCUGUCUGUCCGUCUAUCCAUCCAUUGCAUCUGUAAUGUUGAAAUUGUUUGUCAAAUAUCUUUGAAAUAAUGUUUUAAAAUGAAAAUGUAAUCUUUGUUAGUAUUUCAAAUAGAACAUAUUUCAUUAACGUUGGGUCUCAAAUAUCCAGCAUGGCGUGAUAUCCUAUAAUGAGUACAGGUUUCUCCUUGUUAAUGACGAGAUCCUGAUAAUCCUGAUACUAAUGCACUGUUACUAUUACUGAUACCUGAAAGAUAGUGAGCGUGGCCAUACCGCUGUCCAUAGAUGUUCAUUGACGAAAUCACUAAAGAGUUUUAGUAACUGUGGAAUACUGUGUUUUAGGCAUUCUGCUACCCUGAUCUAUCUCUCAGCAAAUCUGCUAGAACUGCCUGUAGCUCACUGACAGUGAGAUAGAUAGUAGAUGCAGUAUUUUCUAGCAUAGGUUAAGACAUUAGGGAUGCAGGACUGAGACCUGGAAGGGGCUCAUCCUUCUUAUAUCAGUUAAAUGAUUUUCACAAAGUUUCCUACAUUGAGAAUUGGCCCUAGCUGUACCUACUGAUCACCAAUAUGAAUUUAAUUGUAGAAGGAAAACAUAGAUUUUUUUUGAGUAAAGAAAAAUGUGUAAAAUGCCAUAUUAAUAUUGACAGAUAAUAAUGACAGAUGAUGGAGCUCUUCUAGACACCAUGAAACACUUAUACAAACAUUCACAGAUACACUCAUACAGUUAUACAAACAUUCCCAGUUACACUCAGACAUGUAUACAAACAUUCACAGAUACACUCAGACACUUAUACAGACAUUCCCAGUUACACUCAGACAUGUAUACAAACAUUCACAGAUACACUCAGACACUUAUACAAACAUUCACAGACACUUAUACAAACAUUCACAGAUACAGACACGCAUACAGACAUUCACAGAUACAGACACGUACACAGACAUUCACAGAUAUACUCAGACACGUAUGCAAACAUUCACAGAUACACUCAGAUAUGUAUACAAACAUUCACAGAUACACUCAGACAGGUCUAAAAACACUUAAAGACACACUCAAACUCAGUGUUUCAUGUGUUACAAACAUUGUGACACACUAACACAUUCAUGCAAAGACAUGCAGGCAAGCUUAGAGAAACACACACAGGCACUAAAAUGCUCAUAGACACACACCAAGUCACACAAAAAACAAGUCUUAUUCUAAAGUAUUCCCUGAUGUCUCUCUACUGUCAAACUGUGUAUGCAACAAGAGGAGAAAACUUCUUAAUGCUGCUUUAUUUUAAUAUAAUCAGUGUUACUAAGUGUAAUAAAAAGUGGUUGGUGUUUACGUUUACACUUUUAUAAAAGUUUUAGGACUUUAACAUGGACUGGGACGUGUACAUUAAAAAACAAUAAAUAAAUAUAUAUAAAGCCACAUCUGUCUUGUCUGGAGGUGAUGAGAGCUUAUCCCCCUUAGUGGAGGGAGCCUGAGAAGGGAGCAUUGCCUGGCCCAGCUCUCAGUGUCUCUGCUGGCUCUUUAAGAAGCUCUGAGCAGCGAAAGAAGCAGAGACACACUGGAAACUGAGCCAUAUGUGCUCCGGUCUCAGACACCUUUACAUAGCUUUGGGAGACAAUUUUCAAUGAUCUCCCCAGGACCUCUGUGCAUCACAGCCAGUGUCGUAACCUGACGUAUGAUCACCCAGGGAAGAGCAAAAUUUUGCGCCCCACAUUUACCACCCUCCAGCCCCAUUCACCCUGUCCCUCUGUUUGUCAGGCUAAUUGAACAUAUAUAAAUACUAUUUGUUGAUAAAGAGCAUUACAUUUUUUAAUGAAUAAUCUUUUUAAUACAAUAGAAAUAAAUUACCUGGUUACGAAUUUAAGCAUGUUUUGUGAGUCUGAAUUUAUGUAUAUAUUUGUGUGUAGUGUUUUCAUUUGAAAGCAGUGGUGUACUUGUGUUUAGUGUUUGUGUUUGUAUGUAGAGUUGGCUUGAUUGCUGAAUUGUAUGCACAUAUACACAUACACUGAUCCACACACACACACACUGGAACACAUAUACACACACACACUGACACACAGAUGCACACAUGUAAACACACUGACACACAUACACAUGCAAGUAAUGCAUAUACAUAAAUGACACAUAGACACACACAGAUAACACAUAUACACAUACAGAUACACACAGAUAACACAUACAGACAUAACACAUAUACACACAAAUAUUAUACACACAGACAACACAUACACACACAGAGAUAUACACACAAAGAUAGCAAUUUACAUAUUUUUAGCCACCCCCUGCUUUUAUACCUUUUUCGUGCAGGAGGGUGGCUUCCCUGGGGUCCAAUGGCAUCUGAUGGGAGGCUCGUCUCCUGCUCGGGUCAUUGGUAAGUUUGGAGAAAGUGCAUUGUACUCACAUCCUCCCAGUAUGGUGGCUUCGCAUUGAGCAGGGGGCCCGGUCGCACUGUUAAAGGGCCGCAAUACCUGACUGGGCCCAUAAUCACAGAUAGCCACCCAGUGUCCCUAAGUGAAGAUGUGUGAAACCCCUGAUCCACUGUUUCUGCCCAGGGCAGCUGCACCCCCGGUAGUUAUGCUACUGAUCACAGCACUGUCGUAUCCUGGUACAAUGCAAUGGAGCAGCUGUUAGCGAUACCAAACUGUCAGGCAGCACAAAGGCAGCCGAUACGGGAGGAAUGGGUACCCUCCAGACCCAAACUAUCAGAGAGAGCAAUGCGAACAAAGAAAAGAAUCCAGUACAAGUAUUGAGAUAAUAGUUUGUUCUUUUUAGCUAGUCCAGGUGCAAUUUUUGCAUCUAAAAAUGCCUUUUAGGUUUGUAAUGGAUCCAAUUUUACUCUAAAGUUUUCUUUUGUAAUUUUUUGUUAAAUUAGUUUUUAAAUUGGGUGCUCCUCUAAAAAUCAUCCAUCUUAAGUACGUUUCAAUGUUUACACUUUCUUUAAAAUAUAAUUUUUAUUAUUUGAAUCAUGGAAUAUUUGACUUUAAAUGUAAGUUUUGAAUUUUUUUAAAUUUACACCUAUAUAUGCGGAGAGCACUAGAUAUUUUUGCUCUUAUAUCGUAUAUCCCAUGACAUGUGGAGGAAGCCCUACAGAUAUAUCCCAAGUGGGGACUGUACCGCUAUACGCUGACCUCUCUGAGCUGAAUGACAGCUCUUCGUAAUUGUGUUUUUGGCUUAUCAUAUCUAGGCCACACCUUCACUAGAAUACUACACUAUUGGUUUCCUCUACUUGUAUUUAUCUCCAUAUUUAUUUCUAAAGACAUCUCACCUCAUCUCAUCAAGACUAUAUUUAUCCAUAUUGGCUGCUGUGCAUGUGUAGACACCAACGUUUCCCUAAGCGAGGAAUAUAUCGCUACACGCUGCUGUUCUUGAGCUAGAUGAGUAGCUCUUCACUUAAGUAUCUUUUCUGUUUUCUUUAUUUCUGCUUCACAAUUCUACAUAAUGACCCACUGAGAUUACUCAGCCAAAACUUACAUUACCCUAAGCGAGUAAUAUCUUGCUGCAUGCUGCUAUCCUUGAGCUAAUUGGUAGCUCUCCAAUGCAUGUGAGUGCAUUUCUACAUUUUCUUGCACUUAUACAUCAUUUAUCCUAACUACCAGACUAUCAGAGGACUCUUUUGUGUUUUAUUCCCAACUUAUCCUACAUCAGGGUUGCCCAAAAGGUAGAUUUCCAGAUGUUGUAGAACUACAACUUCCAUGAUGCUUUCCAUGCCUUUAAAAUGACAAAGCACCACCUGGCUUCUUUUCUUUGUUUGCACCUCAAGUGACGGCUGACCUUGCAAAAGUUUCUGAACUACAUUAUCCCUGAUGGCUGGCUGAGUAGAAAAGGUGUGUGCAAGAGUUGCCCAUUAUGCCCAAAUGCUGGACAGCUUUGUCAUUAUUGUCCCUCAAUAAGCUACCUAUGCACCUUUUUCAGCAUUGGCUACUCAUUAUCUGGUUAAACACAACAAGUAUGAAAUGUAACACUCUGUAUAUCUGUUUGAUAGAUGAGCAAACAAUUGGCAUAGUUGCCUCUUAUUUACUUUAUUUGUUUUUAAGCCAUAUUUGGGAGCUAUUUUCUUUUUUUAAGUAAUCAUGUUUCGGCUUGUUUAAUGAAUGCAAUUAAAAUUCUGAUUGGGGGAACAUAUGCCUUUUAAAAAAUAAUAAAUAAUAGCCUGGGGACACAGCCUUACUCAGCUUCUGCUGAGUAACAAGUGUAGUUAACAAACAUUUGCAAGGAAGCAGAUGUAUCAGUCUCAAACAUGUGCCAUCUCCCAACAAUGCACAUUUUAAAUAAAAUAAAUCCGUUUUACUUAUAUUAAAGAAAUAUUUAAGAACUUCCUAUAUUCUCCUAUUGAUUUAUCUCACAGAGAGAUAGUAAUACUGAGCCAAAACGUCACAUCUUCUUGAUAUAGAGAAAGUGUCAGAACUAGAAUGUCACGUUUCAGGGGGCACUGAGUUCUAGUUGACCAUGCCACACUGAUAUAUUUUAAGAUUGUUGGAUGUGUAGUAGUAGACACCCAAAUCACCCUUGAUCUGACCUUAAUGGUGCUCGCAGUAUCUGCUUCUCAAAUGAGCCGCUCGAUAAGAAAGAUCAGAUGAAUAUGUGCGAAUGUGAGUUUUGGAGAAUCUGUCACAAGUUUCUCUUUUGUUAACAAAAAAAUGACAGCAUUUAGACGAAAAUAGUUUGAAAACAAUCCUCAACUAAUCUUAAUCACUGAUUCUUUCCAUGUUCAAGAGAGCACAUAGAAUAACAUGAUGACAUAACUAUCUCAGUUAAGGGAAUAACCCUGUUAUCCAUGUCUUAGUCUUGAGACUUUUUCUUUCUAAGACACCCCAAACAUGAUGAGACUGAUGAUGCACGUGCUAACCUGCUGUUGCAAACCCUGAGGUCACUCCUCCUACAUAACAAGUCUAAUCGAUCUCUAGACAACAUCUUGCAGUGUGGUUCACCACCGUUUUCUUGACAUGCAACCUUGUUUCAGUGACACAUGAUGCAGUCUUUGUUUCAGAAAGAAGAUAGAAUCCCCAUUAAAUUUGCAAGCUAUUUUAUCUCUACAUUGUGCUUGUCAAGUACCUUGCAAACAGCUAGAUUGGAAGAUAUUAUAAAUAUUAAAAAGAUACCCCACAUUAGGUGUAAGGCAAGUUGUACGCCAUAGCCUUUUUCAUAAGGAAAAUGACAUGAGUUUCAGUGCAGCAACACUAAUCAAAGCUAAAUGCUGACAGGGUACCCACUUUAAACCAGCGUUGUUCUUCCACUCGAUGUCAAGCGUCGCAAUAAUGACAACAUGCAUUGUCCUAGCGUCGGUUCCUUACCAGACCGAUGUGUCAGUAAUGGUACAAAGCGUUGCUUCACCAUCAAGAGUGAUGUAGAACACUCCACCCCAAGCUGUUUAUAAAGCCAAAAUGACACAGUGUCAUUCCAGUAUCGUAAUUCUGUGAUGUUUUGGGUCCUUCUGAUUAUGUAAGACACCAGGGCUAUAUAUACUCACUCUGUAGCGGUUACCCCGUGUAGCAGAGGGGUUUCAACCGCUGGAGGGUGUCCUUUUCCCGAUCAGUGAGGAGAAUUCUCAGCAUUCAGUCAUGAUCCAAGUGAAGAAGCUCUUACAAGAGUGAGUAGCUGUAUAGCAGUUACUCCCAAUAAGAGACAGGACUCUCGAUUGAGGGUGAAGUAGAACUGAUUUUUAAUGGCAAGUACUCUUCUUUUAUGCAGUGCUCCCAUGCAAGGGAGACACCCACAAGCAAUUAUACAUUAACCAAUCAAUGAUAAGGUACAUCUUACAUAUCCCCUCCUCUUAGAUAUACAGUUAACCCAAUUAAAACGUGCACAGUUUUCCCAAGUUUCUGGAGGUAACCCAAAUAUAUAUGUAAAUCCCUAACACUGGUAUCCCCUGAUAGCCCAGAUCUGAGUGAACAACAUAUUCAAAAAUCACCCAGAUCGGACCAAGGGUUCGGGAGUUACAGGGACUUAAAGUUUUGACCGACCGCACAGGCAACAGUAGCCGAAAACAGUUCCAUAAGUUUUGGCCUUGCGGUCAGUCUCUGUUCGUGAAAUACAAAGUCCCGAAUGGCUUGCCAUCCGUGGAUAUCCUGGUGUUCGUUAGAAUCCCCAUGUUUAGCUUAGUCUUUCUACCGAACAGCGGCUCGUUCGGUAGUUUCCUUCCCUCGGUUCUGGCACUCUGGAGGUUUCAGCGGUGUUUGCUUGGUCGAGUGUCCGAUUUGAGUUCAAGACACUCGACGACCAAACACCGCUGUUCGGGAGAUUAAGAUGGCCGCCGCCACGUGUUCGUCUCCCGAAAUGGCGGCCACCCAGAGAACAAAGCAUACACGGAAUUGAGUGCUAAUUAUGAAACGGCAACAUUGUUGCGAACAUUAAUGUGGAACAAACUUAUUAUCUGGGUGGUCGGAACGUUCGGAAGAUAAUUCGGGACUUUUGAACAGAUUAUAUGGUAGUCUAUGGCAGUCAGUUCAUAUGAAGGUUUUUGAAAAGAAUGAGCAGUUCACAUAAAGUACAGAUCCCGCGAACGAACACAGAGGGGAUCUGUUACACACUCCAAAAUGAGAUCAGUGCUCUGUCCUGGUCUAUAGUAGCCUGAGGUGGCUUUUUGUUUGUUAUUUGCUCUUCUGGUUUUUGAUAUUAGCUCGUAUCUUGAUUAUCCUGAACUUUUCUUAUGUUGCUUUUGGCUUGUUUACUUGUCCUCUCAUCAUUCUUUACUCCUGACCAUGGCUUGUUCCUCAACCAUUCUGUAUCAGUUUUUAACGUUAAUCCCAGCCAUCUCUACAUACUCCUAAUACGUACAUUUCAUUGUACAUUCCUUUAUUAGAGUGUUGGGCCUCUGUACCUUCCUGACAAUUGCAAAAUGUCUGAAAUUCCAUGUUUUUUAAGAGCAGUAAUGCCAGGGUAGGCCACGUUCAACACUACAGACCUUGUGGCCUACGCCUCCCAUGAUACGUUUCGAGCAUUACAACUGAAAGAGCAUUUUAGGAGAUGUAGUCCACAACAUCUGCAGUUCUGAAGCUUGUCAGCCCCUGGCAUAGGUAACUGUAAAGAUUCAGAUGUGGGUAUGUCAUGUAUAACAGUCCUUUUGGAUUCACAAUACUCUGUACUGUUUAAUGUGACCUCAUGUCACCCUAAGCUGCAUGCCAUGACAAUUGCCUUAGGCUUGGGUGAAAUUUAAUUGGGAAAUAUUUAAUUUAAUUGGGAAAUAUUGAUUAACAGAAACACACAGGAAGCCAUGAUUAUUGUAACACUGCUGUUGUAUAUGUAACACUUUAAAGACAUCUGGGAGUAAAUUGGUCAUUAAGGACACUCUCCAAAUGUCCACGAUACAACCAGCCAUGACAAUAUAGUCAGAUAACUUCAUAGUCAUAACUGCGAUUCUCAGGUCAGAGCUUGUGUAUAGUUUUUAUGUAUUAUUGAUAUGCCUUAUUAACAUUAUUGUCAUGUUUGUUUGACUAUAAACAUUUCUUCUGUGUUUUAAAUAAUAAAACCAAAGAUAAUAAUUGUAUUUUGUUCACAGGUUUCCAUGUCCAGGUCUAAUUCACUGAUUGAAUCAUCAGGAACUGGACCCCACAGGUAGGUUUCUGCAUUCUUAUUGUAACCAAAUACAGGUAUUUAACAUUAUUUAAAAACAAAGCAAUGCAUUAUUCUAAAAUCACUUUAUUUUAAAUAUAGUAGAAUUAUACAAUGUGAGGCUGCAUUGUUACAAAGUUAAUGGCACUUCGUAGAUGAUCUGAGUUUGUGAAAUGUUGAUUCUUUUUGGCAUUCAACUAAACUGAAAUAAAUUUUGUAUAAAGUUAUAUCGCUUCUUCUGUACUAAUUUAGCAUAUUUUAAUUCACAUUAUUGGGUGUUUAAAUAGUGUCCAGAGGGGAGGAGUGACGUCAAAUACACAGUCUCCUUCCAUAAGUCAAUAACAACACAAAUUCAGUCGCUUAAAGGGAGGUUACAUUUUCUGCAAAAUGGCAGCCUCAAAAGCAUGAAUAAUCAAACCAUUUUAGCUGAUGCUACAGUAGUGAACAUGUCCUGAGAAAGUGGCUUGUCUAGGUUGCCAUAUUCUUAAAUAUGACACAAACAUCAAAUGUAAUGCUAUGACUAUUCACAUCCUUAAUUAUUAGCAGAACAUUAAUGUUCAACGAGCCGUGAAUGAGCUUAUUUAUGUGUUUGUUUACCCUCUGCCUUUAAGAAUACCUUUUAUGACUCUUAGUGAAUUUUUAUAUUAAACCCUUGACCAGCAAGCUAGAGAAUAAUCUAUUUUCAUAGUUGUGUAGGGAAUUGUCUGUUUAAAGUCAUUUUGGGACCAAGUCCUAAAAGUGAAACAGUGAAAUGGAACAUUACAUUGGCUUCUAUCUCUCUAUUCUACGCCAUUAUUGUACUUUGUAAAGAAACCCUCAACCUCUGCAUUUAACGAAAAAUGAUUUUACAUUUAGACAGGCGUUUAUAUCGUGGUACAUAACUGUGACAGUAAAUCUCACUAGGGUGCACAUCAAGGAUUUAUGAAAAACACCACCACCAAGGGUCAAUUCAUCAAGCAAGCUAAAUAUUAGUUAAACUAUUUUUAUAUAUUACAAACCGAACAACUGUAUACAUUUGACAUACAAAACAAUAACAUUUUGUAGGUAGAAAUGUAUAGACUGGUUAGUGAGUUAUGGUGCCAGCAUGAUAUUGGUUCUCCAAUCUCUGGUUCUGUAUAAAACCAUUAUCAAACAUUUUGACGCAAAUCAAGGGUUUCCGGCACCCAUGACCCCUCACUAUGUGUACUGGUAAUGUGGAAGUUACACAUCAACAUUAAAAGGAUCAAUUACAUUCAGAUUGGGGCAAUAAUUGAAUUGCAGUAUGAUUAUGGAGAUUGGUUGUUAGCACCAGGGGGAAUCUCAGUUUGUGUCAAAUUACUUGAAAAUGGUUUGACACCGAACUGGGAGACUGUGCUAGUGGACUACUGUUACCACAAGCUUCACAGCAGGCUCUAAUUGAUCGGGUGCUUAGACUGUUCUUUAAACGGGAGUCAGAGAGAAGCAUUGGGAGGCAAGUGUAGUGUUAACACUGCUAAUAAUGCAGGGUCCUGAAUCUUUUGCAAUAAAAGUAUAUAGUAAAAAAUUCCUAAAAAUGAAUAAAUUGGUGCUACAGUCACCUUUGUGGGCCACACCACCACAAAUCAAAAACAGUGAUAUAAUACAAAAAUAACAAGGGUGAGAGCACUCAACAAAAGAAAAACAAUAAGAUUAUAAAAUUAUUUUACCCAAACUUUGUCAAUCAAUCUGAAAACUAAAAAACAGAGAAAAGAGACAUAGGGUAAUAUAGUUAAGAUAAUAUAUGUGGGUAACUAUAAAUGGUCUCACUCACAUAUAUAGAGCCACUUAGAAGCUGGCUCAAACUUCAGGCUUGAAAGUACAGUGGAAAAAACGGACUUCUCCCAAGGGCUUCCAAAAUUCUACAGAUGAUACCUUUUAUUCCAUUCAGGACGCCAGAAAUGGAAAUGGUAGUAGAUAAAGAUUUAUUGAAAAUAAACAAAAUAGAGUAAAAAAUGUCUCUGCAGGUAAGUCCGUUGUUGGAGUAAGUCCAAACACUUAACGCGUUUCGGCUCUCGCCUUCUUCCGAAGUGUUCCCACUGUAAAAAGCUCCGCUUUAAAUACCGGCAAUAUUGGCGCCUUUCGGAUUCAAUUGCCGUCCACUUCCUGGUGCGUCAUGUACGUCAUGACGUCAGCCGGCGUCCUCACGUAAUGACGGCGUUCUUCUUCCGGAUUCUUUUUUUCCCAUCAAUGGAACGCAAAGUCAAACCGUUUCUGCAGACGUCUUAACCGGAACAUGCGCAAACAGUCUUUUAAAUCCUAAUUUGACAUAAUUUCUUGCAAAUGCUAAGUUAACACAAUUAAUCAUUUAAAAAACAUAAUAAAGACAAUAAUACAAAUCUAAUACUUAAAAUUGAUAUAAAGAAUACUAACACAUAUUAAGUUAGCACAAUAUUCAUUUUAAAAACACCAUAUUACACUAUAAAUAAAUCCAAUGAUUAUAACUAAUAUUAAUAUUAAUAUUGAAAACUUUCAGGAGAGAAUCAAGGAGAAAAAACAAAAAACAACAGUUUUUAAUAAAAGGAAUAAAUACCCAUAUGUGAGAUCCUAAAAAAAGGGAAAAAAUCCAUCUUAAAAAUUAAAAUAAUAAAUACAUAGAAGAGACAUAUUUAAAUAAACGAAUUAAUUGCCGAUAUUUAAAGCGGAGCUUUUUACAGUGGGAACAAUUCGGAAGAAGGCGAGAGCUGAAACGCGUUAAGUGUUUGGACUUACUCCAACAACGGACUUACCUGCAGAGACAUUUUUUACUCUAUUUUGUUUAUUUUCAAUAAAUCUUUAUCUACUACCAUUUCCAUUUCUGGCGUCCUGAAUGGAAUAAAAGGUAUCAUCUGUAGAAUUUUGGAAGCCCUUGGGAGAAGUCCGUUUUUUCCACUGUACUUUCAAGCCUGAAGUUUGAGCCAGCUUCUAAGUGGCUCUAUAUAUGUGAGUGAGACCAUUUAUAGUUACCCACAUAUAUUAUCUUAACUAUAUUACCCUAUGUCUCUUUUCUCUGUUUUUUAGUUUUCAGAUUGAUUGACAAAGUUUGGGUAAAAUAAUUUUAUAAUCUUAUUGUUUUUCUUUUGUUGAGUGCUCUCACCCUUGUUAUUCCUGAAUCUUUUGCUCAUUAUCUAGAAUUUUAGGGACACUCUUAGAACCGGAAUCACAAACCAGAACCAUUGCCCCAGAACCACUAUGUAAAACUGUAGUGGUUCUGGUUCUUAAUGUCCCUAAAAUUCUAGAUGAUGAGCAAAAUAUUCAGUAGGUUACCCAAGGACCAGGUCAAUAUUUUUUUAGGAAAAGUAGGUGGAAUAACACAAUCAAAGAUCUGCAACUUAAAAAUUGAUCUAUGACUGUAAAUGAAAGUUAACUGUCGGGAUUCAUCACUUUUGCUGUACUAGCAGAUUGUAUUAGUAGACCUUACUUAUUCACAAAAAAUAAAAAUAAUUGUAAAAACAUACAAUUUGCUUGACUCAACCCAGCGUCAGUCAAGAACACUUAAGAUGUGAUUAUUUUAAGGUGGAAAACGUAUUUACUAAAGCACAUUUUAAUAACUUUCUGCUACAAUGUAAUUACAUAACCCACCAUGCUAAAAGAACUAAACUGGUUGUCGCUGGAAUCCAGUCGCACCCUUCAUCUUUCCAGCCUUGUGUUUAAGAGCUUUUCCGAGAAGCUCCCACCCUACCUGAGCAGAAUACGCUCCCUGGCUGUUCCCACCUCCUAUAACCUCUGAUCCAGUAGCAGCACUUUAUUUAGUCUCACUCAAUAGAAAAAGAAAGCGUCUCGCUCCUCCUUUUCCUACAUUGCACCUCAAUUAUGGAACGACCUCCCGCACACUUUCAAAUCUUCCCCAGGGACAUCCUUUAAGAGAACCAUCUAUACAUAUCUCAAAACAGAAUGCACCUGUCAUGGUUGAUUAUAUAUUUCCUACCUGUUCUAUACUACAUUUUGUAUAUAUGUUGUGGAGUAAUAUUGUUUUUGUAUUUUAUUGUACCAUAAUGUAUCAAUGCAAUGAUUUGUGAACCCAGGACAUACUUAAAAACGAGAGAAAUCUCAAUGUAUCCUUCCUGGUAAAAUAUUUUAUAAAUAAAGAAAUAAUAACCAAGUUUUCCACCUUAAAAUAAGGACACUAUACACUAUAAGGCUGUAAACUAUAUUUGGAAAGGCCCUUGCUUAGAUCGAUGGUACAGAAAUGGAACAUCUCCAGAUGUUUUAGAACAACUUUCAUGCUAUGCUGAAGCCUCAUUUUUCCAUGCUUUAACUAAUAAAGUUUUUGUUUUUUUUAAUUUCUGCUGCUGUUUCUUUUCUGUCAUCAUGCCUUCUGUCUUUCAUUAAAUACCUUCCAAAGUUCCAAACAUGGAAUUAAAAUAUCUGGAGUUCCAUACAUGGAAUUAAACUACCUGGAGUUCCAUACAUGGAAUUAAAAUACAUGAAGUUCCAUACAUGGAAUUAAAGUAUCUGAAGUUCCAUACAUGGAAUUAAAGUAUCUGGAGUUCUAUACAUGGAAUUCAGAUACCUGGAGCUCCAUACAUGGGAAUUAAAGUAUCUGAAGUUCCAUACAUGGAAUUAAAGUAUCUGAAGUUCCAUACAUGGAAUUAAAAUAUCUGGAGUUCCAUACAUGGAAUUAAAGUAUCUGAAGUUCCAUACAUGGAAUUAAAGUAUCUGAAGUUCCAUACAUGGAAUUAAAAUAUCUGAAGUUCCAUACAUGGAAUUAAAAUAUCUGAAGUUCCAUACAUGGAAUUAAAAUACCUGGAGUUCCAUACAUGGAAUUAAAAUACCUGGAGUUUCAUACAUGGAAUUAAAAUACCUGGAGUUUCAUACAUGGAAUUAAAAUACCUGGAGUUCCAUACAUGGGAAUUAAAAUACAUGGAGUUCCAUACAUGGGAAUUAAAGUAUCUGAAGUUCCAUACAUGGAAUUAAAAUAUCUGAAGUUCCAUACAUGGAAUUAAAGUAUCUGGAGUUCCAUACAUGGAAUUAAAAUACCUGGAGUUCCAUACAUGGAAAUUAAAGUAUCUGGAGUUCCAUACAUGGAAUUAAAAUAUCUGGAGUUCCAUACAUGGAAUUAAAAUACCUGGAGUUCCAUACAUGGAAUUAAAAUACCAGGAGUUUCAUACAUGGAAUUAAAAUACCUGGAGUUCCAUACAUGGGAAUUAAAAUACAUGGAGUUCCAUACAUGGGAAUUAAAGUAUCUGAAGUUCCAUACAUGGAAUUAAAAUAUCUGAAGUUCCAUACAUGGAAUUAAAGUAUCUGGAGUUCCAUACAUGGAAUUAAGAUACCUGGAGUUCCAUACAUGGGAAUUAAAGUAUCUGAAGUUCCAUACAUGGAAUUAAAGUAUCUGAAGUUCCAUACAUGGAAUUAAAAUAUCUGGAGUUCCAUACAUGGAAUUAAAGUAUCUGAAGUUCCAUACAUGGAAUUAAAAUACCUGGAGUUCCAUACAUGGAAUUGAAAUACCUGGAGUUUCAUACAUGGAAUUAAAAUACCUGGAGUUCCAUACAUGGGAAUUAAAAUACAUGGAGUUCCAUACAUGGGAAUUAAAGUAUCUGAAGUUCCAUACAUGGAAUUAAAGUAUCUGGAGUUCCAUACAUGGAAUUAAAAUACCUGGAGUUCCAUACAUGGAAAUUAAAGUAUCUGGAGUUCCAUACAUGGAAUUAAAAUAUCUGGAGUUCCAUACAUGGAAUUAAAAUACCUGGAGUUCCAUACAUGGAAAUUAAAGUAUCUGGAGUUCCAUACAUGGAAUUAAAAUAUCUGGAGUUCCAUACAUGGAAUUAAAAUACCUGGAGUUCCAUACAUGGAAUUAAAAUACCUGGAGUUUCAUACAUGGAAUUAAAAUACCUGGAGUUCCAUACAUGGGAAUUAAAAUACAUGGCGUUCCAUACAUGGGAAUUAAAGUAUCUGAAGUUCCAUACAUGGAAUUAAAAUAUCUGAAGUUCCAUACAUGGAAUUAAAAUACCUGGAGUUCCAUACAUGGAAAUUAAAGUAUCUGGAGUUCCAUACAUGGAAUUAAAAUAUCUGGAGUUCCAUACAUGGAAUUAAAAUACCUGGAGUUUCAUACAUGGAAUUAAAAUAUCUGGAGUUUCAUACACAGGAAAGGCAUCUAUUCAGUAAACACAGUUGCAGAGCUCAGUUGCAGAAUUUAGGUUAAAAAAAGCAGAAUAUAUUUUGUUGAAAGCCUAGCUAUUUUGGCCAAAAUUUUCAAAUGUACUUGAAUGGCCAUUGCUAGGGGGAGGCUCUGAAGCCCCAGAUGUGGAACUUUGCAGCCCCAGAUCUAAACAGAUAGUGGAGAGGGCAGGAGGAUAUUAGUGUGAUAUUAGUUUACCCAAAGUAGCUGCCUGAAAUAAAAUAGUCAAUGUCCCAUAGGUAACUGUUGAGAGUGGUGCUGGGGAACAGAACUUUGCUCUCUAUUAGGUAGGUAGCAUUAUGGGAUUGUAGAAACAGGAGAAGAGAAACACUGUCCUGAAUGGAGAUAGUUAAAACAUAACUUUUAAUCACAAAAAAUCAGUAAAUAGCGUGUAAUGUAAAAACUUACUCCCAGAAAGCCCAUAUACAUAUAAAGGGAUUAUAGAGAGAUAGUAUGUUGGCUUAAAAAAGUAUUACAUUGGUUGUCAUUGAUAGAAAUGUCACUGCAGACAGACAGAAUGAAAGUGUCAGUGUCUAGCUCUAAGUAUAGAUGUGUAAUUACUGCUAGAUGUGGCUGGAUAAAUCACUCGAAAAUGUAGCAGGAAAAAAGGUUCAAAUGUUGCAAAAUACAAUGACUGUAGCAACUUGUAUGUAACAAGUCCAGCACUGAUUGAAGUAGCAUGCACUCCUAUACAGUGCUAGUCAUGAUAGAGCUAGACAGAAUCAAUAUAUAGGCUGAUUGAAACUGCAGAGCUAAUCACUAUGUCUACAAGAGCACCUGUCAUAUAGAUCGAGCUGUUGUACUGACAGGAAUUGUUAGUGCUGGCUGAUGUUGAAAAAUAAAUAUAUAUAAAGUGAAAUACAGAGAGGAGAUAUAUUACAGAGAGGAGGAGAGAUUAGUUAACAGUAUCAAUAUUAUGAAUGACUAGAUAAGGUACCAAAAAUAAAUGGAACACUGUCUGCUAAUAUGAAAAAAAACUGAAAUUGUAGGAUGUUACAAAAAAUCCCUGUCGAUACAUCUGUGCCUUCAAGGACACCUAUCUCCUUAAUAAACCGCUACGCCAACUAGCUGAUACUCGCUAAUAGAUGAACAAACUCCCCUGCAAGGCAAAUGAAAUCUAAAUAGAGUCUGAUAUCUGCAUUCACUUAGCGCCUGCCGUAAUGGUAUUAACAGGCAUAAAAUCCUCGGCCUCAGAAAAAAACUCACUUAAAUGAAAUAAAGUGUAGCAGAAUCGAAUUCCCAAAAUCUAAAGUUAAUCAAAGAGAGGAACGGAGGACUGGGGCUGAGACUGUCUGAUACAAUCUCAAGCCCUGACGCAUGUUUCACAGAUAAGGCAGCUUUUCAAAGGGGUACUGAAUCCCUGUUAGUAUAGAAUUUAAAUAUGGCGCUCUCAGUCCUGAUUGGUGGUUAGGAAAGAUGACAUCACCAAUCAUUGCUGACACAGUAUGGUGGUCAAAACUGACCACAAAGCCUUCAGUAUUUCCAGAUUAUAUUGUAAUAGAUACAAAGUAAUCAAUAUCCCAUAUCCCAGCUUCAAUGCCUAUUGAAUAAAUGUUUAAAACGAAAAUGAUUAUUAAUAUUGGAUUAUGCAAAUACCACAUUUGGUGAUAUGAAAAUUAUUUUACUCUAUUACAUGUUAAUUUGCUGUUAAUUUAAAUGCUCAAUAGCUCAAAUGAAAGGAACAUUACAAAAAUCAUAAUUAAAUGGGAUAAAGAAAUUAAAAUCAGCUUAUAGAUUGAUAAUAGUCAGCAUAUCAGGCUGAAAACUGAAUGAAGGAGCGCUAAAAAUGUUUUAAUAGAGUGAUAAACUUUGUCCUAUCACUAAUAUGGGUAAUCUCAAGAAUAAAGUGUAAGUAAGUGAGAAUAAGAAUAGUCAUAUAAAUGGUGAAAGAUAUAAAAAAUCCAUCAGUAUAUAUCAAAUAUACAUACGUGUUCAAUAUACUUUUGAUGUAUUAUUAUUUUAUUUUAAUUUACGUGCCAAAGUAAAAAAAUCAGAAAAUCUAAGGUCAUUAUUUAAUGUAUGAACAGAGUAUAGUUAAACUCCUCAUUAAGUCCCUACGGAGUUUCUGGGAUUCGGUGUCAGUUUUUCAAUGGCUUGAAACCUCAAAUUGUCCACAUUGCCCUGAUGAAAAUUCACAAUGUAUCUGGCUACUGGUGUUGGUGUUUUUGAUAGAGUUCACGUGUUGGAGAAUCCGACGGCGAAAUUGUUGGAAUGUUUUCCCAAUGUACUGGAUACCACAGUUGCAUGUGAUUAAGUAUAUUAAUCGGGUAGUGCUGCAGUUUACCAGUGCAUUGGUUUUGAUGGUGAUUUUUGACUGUGUCGAAGUAGUGGACUGUGAGGGGGUAAUAAAUUUACAAGCCUUACAGUGGCCACAUCUGUACGUGCCCUUGGUGUUUGUGAGCCAGUUAGAUUUUGAGGGGGUAGGAGCCAGAUAACUAUGUACUAGAAGGUCUUUUAGGAUUAUGCAGUAGUAUGGGCCAAUGUUUGGAAAAAGUUUCUGUCUUUGUGCUCCAAUCACUAUCAAAGGUGGCUAUGCAUCUAGGAGUCAAGGAGUUUGAUUUGAUACGUGUAGAUCUCAAACUUUCAAGUCUGUUUGUCUCACUAGCACAUUGAUAAGCUCUCUUAUGGACCCUGUUCGGAUAUCCUAAGGCUUUGAGACGUAAUUGCAAGACUUGACAUUCUUGAUAAUAGGUGGCAUCCUCAGAGCAAUUUCUCCUUGCUCUCAGGUAUUGACCAUAUGGAAUAGAUGCUUUUAGCUUGCGUGGGUGAUGACUCUCCCAGUAGAGGAGGCUAUUAGUUGACGUCAGUUUUCUGAAUAGUUCAGUUUGAAUAGUUCCAUCCUCCAUAAGUAGAAUUUUUAAAUCUAGGAAAACAAGUUCUUUCUCAUUAAUAACAUGGGUGAGUGUUAGAUUCAAUUUGUUGUUAUUCAAAGUUGUCAUAAAUUGUUCAAAGACUUGUACCGAACGGUCCAUAGUAGGAGCAUAUGGUCAAUAUAUUUGUACCACUUCAAGAUGUAUUCGUGGUACGGACUAUAUUGUGGGUCUUUAAGAACUUUUUCCUCCCACCAACCCAAAAAGAGAUUUGCAUAUGUCGGAGCACAAGUUGUGCCCAUAGCGUUCCCAGUCUCCUGCAAGUAAUAUUUGCUAUAAACGUUAGGUAGUUAUGGGUUAAAAUGAAUUCCAAAAGAGAGAGAAUUAAUGUAAUCUGAAGUUCUUCAUAUGAUGAAGAUUCGAGGAAGAAACAACAGGCCACUAGACCUACCUUGUGUGGAAUGUUGGAAUACAAAGAAACCACAUCAAGGCUUGCGAGCAAAGUGUAUGGUGGCACUUGAAGCCCUUCCACAAUUAACAGUGUGGAUUUUGUGUCUUGUAUAUAGGAUGGUAGAUUGGUUACAUAAGGAUGUAAGAUUUUGUCAACAAAUUUACUGGCUCUUUCUGUUAAGCUAUUAUUCCCGGAGAUGAUUGGUCUCCCAGGGGGUGCCCUCAUAUUUUUAUGCACUUUGGGCAAACAGUAUAGAGUGGCUAUUGUUGGGUGUUUGUGUGGUAAUAGAUAUUUGAACUCAUCAGAGUUAAUUACUUUCUCUUCCAUUGCUUUUGUUAGCAAAUCUUCAAACUCUCUUAUGUAUAUGUCAGUGGGAUCUGAAAGGAGGACACUUUAACUGGACUGGUCAUUAAGAUGUGUCAUGCACAUUUCUAUGUAUGUGUUGCGAUUUAAUGAGACAAUGUUCCCUCCCUUGUCCGCCGGUUUUAUAAUAACAUUCUCCAGCAUCUUCAGUUCGUUUAGGGCUUUACGUUCCCUAUAGGUAAGGUUGUUAAUAAGUGGGCAUUCUAAAUUACUAUUUUCCAAUACGUUAGUGGUCAUUUCAACAAAAAGGUCAACGUGUGGGGUGUCCUUCAAAUUCGGGGUAAACCAACUUAAGGGCUUCAGAUUGGUCAAGGGUUUUGAAGGAUUCUGUUCAUCCAGUAAGUCUGUUAAUACUUUAGAGAAUUAAAAAUCCUCUAUGGAUAGACCCAACUCGUUUGCCAUUUGAAGGUCUCGUUUAGAAUGCAUAAGGUUUAGGGCUAAUUUUCUCCCAAAAAGAUUAAUGUCCUUCGACCAACUAAAUUUAUUAUGCCCAGGGGUUGGUACAUAUUAAAGGCCCUUAUUUAACAGGGAGAUAUGAUGUGCUUGAAGAGGGAAGUCAGAGAGAUUAAUGAUUUUGUUUAGUGUCAAAAUCUCUGACCUCGUCCCUGUCUCUUGUAAGCCCAACGAUCCCUGUCCCUCAAUCUCCCCCUUUGUUCGCGAGGGGGGUCCAGUCCUAAAAAAGUUUUAGAAGCAAUGGAAUUGUUUAUGUCGGAUGGAAUUGGAGUGUCUAAGAAUGAAACUGAUUUAUCAGUGCUCUUCAGAAUGCUUCUAGUAGGUGAAAAGUUGGAAGCAGAAUCGCUGUUGCGAUUACUGUUGGUGUAAUGUCUUUGUCCUGACUUAGAGGAAACUGUGUCUGAAUCAGACCAAUCAGUGUCUGCGGAAGUGGAACCUAUUUGGUUGUUGGUGUUUCUACGGAAUUUCUGUUUUUUAUGAAAGAUGUCACCCUCCUUGAAAUCUUUAAAAUCCCUUUGGAAUUUAGUAAAUUUCUUUAUUUUUAGGUUUUGUCUAAAGUGUUCAAUGUUUUUCUGUAGUUUGGUUUCCAUAGGUGAAAAGAGACUGUAGACUCUAUACUUAGAGCUAGACACUGGCACUUUCAUUCUGUAUGUCUGCAGUGACAUUUCUAUCAAUGUCAACCAAUUUAAUACUUUUUUAACUCCACAUACUAUCUCUCUAUAAUCCCUUUAUAUGUAUAUGGGCUUUCUGAGAGUAAGUUUUUACAUUACACACUAUUUAUUGAUUUUAUGUGAUUAAAAGUUAUGUUUUAACUAUCUACAUUCAGGACAGUGUUUCUCUUCUCCUGUUUCUAUAUUCCUAAUUAGGGUUAACCCCUUCACUGCCCUAUAGAUUUUUUUUUCUAUAUUAAGCUUCCAUUCUGUUAAUUUUCUAAAGCAUUAUGGGAUUGCAUCGAAUGACUGUGCACCAUGUGCUUGCUUGCGGCUAUAACUUCAUUCAGAUCCUUGGAUUGGAGAGAAGAUAUAACAUAGACUGCAGAGAAAUGUCAUGAAUGACCCCUACUUAUUGACUAGUACAUGGCUUAUUUUGCUUUGGGAUCAAACCAGAAUGUUUCUAGAACCAAGCAACGCCCCUGCUUUCUUGUAAACACAAUACAAUAAGUUAUUUAGAAAAUCAAACAGAAACAAAAAAAACAAAAAACUACAAACGUAUUAAUCACUUUAAUUCAGAUAUCUCUUCAUAUAUCUUGCUCUCUGUCACCGUUACUACCACUGCUCUUGAAAGAAUCUUAGCAAUUUAGGAAAAGAGUAGUAAAUCCAGUUAUUUUCUAUUACAGGCGAUUGCUGGUUAUCGUCAAGCAGGAUAACGAAGCCUUUGGAUUUGAAAUACAGGUAAGACGCGCAUGUUUUCUUAUCCAUUGAAGGGUUAUGUGAUACAAUAGUAUUCUAUGGUGCUGCAUAACAUGUAGUAAAACGUUUUUUGGACAGAGAUUAGUUUCUAUAAAAAAUAAGCACCAUCACUGCAAAAAAUUACUCAAUAUUCUGAACAUAAUUAAAACAUUGUAAAUGUAUUGUAUAAAUUGGAAUGUAGGUGAUGAGAUAUCAACAACGUGAAAACAUUGCAUUCAUUUAUACUGUUAAUAAACAAUGCACUUUCAUUAAAUGUAAUAAAGUUUUAAAAAAAUGAGAACGGAAUGAGAACUGAACAGUUGUUUCUUAUGAAAGAAGACAGUACAUCUUGAAACCAGGGCCUAUACUGUUAAAUAAUAGAAUUGACAGCUGUACUUCCCAAAAACUAUGCAGGGCCUUUCAGUUCCACAAACAGCUAUGUGAGAGGGGGGUUUCCUUUUCUGUAAAUAGAUCUGGUGGGUUUUUUUCAUAUCUGCUUACCGCCAGGUUAAAGUAACACUAUAGUGUCAGGAACACAAACAUGUAUUCCUGACACUAUACUGCUAAAAUUACUAUUUUGGUACUCGGCCCCUUUUCUUGAUUUCACUCACCUUUUUUCAGUGUUGUUCUGGUCUCGCAAUGGCUGGCCAUGCCUCGCCCCGCCUCCGUGGCUGAGAUCAAGAAAUCUGACAAUCUCAGCCAAUCCAGUGCUUUCCCAUAGGAAAUCAUUGGAAGGCUAUUACGCUUGUGCAGCAAAACACCACGUUGCACCAAUCAGCAUCUCCUCAUAGAGAUCCGUAGAAUCAUUUCAUUUCUAUGGGGAGCGUUCAGCAUCUCCAUGUAGAAUGUGGAGACGCUUAAUGCUAGUGCUGCACACUCUGCAGCACUGACCAAGGAAGCACCUUUCAUGGCUAAGUGACUGGAGGUGUAACUAGGCUGUAAUGUAAGCACUGCCUUUUCUCUAAAAUGGCAAUGUUUACAUUAAAAAGCCUGCAGGGACUGACUAUACUCACCAGAACCACUACAUUAAGCUAUAGUUGUUCUGGUGCCUAUAAACAAAAAAAAACCAAAAUAAAAUUGCAAAUUAAUUGCCAUAAAACAAGAAUCAUAGAUGGAAUUGUCAUAUUGUAUUAAUGGCUUUCUUACUGGCCGCAAUCCCACCUACUGUGCUGAAGAAAACACUUGUACAACUAAAGAUUGCAUUAGAGACAUCGUUGCUAAAGGGAAUCUUCCCUGUAAUAUGUAGUGGUUAUAGUUCUUGGAGAAAAUGUUUUGUUCUGUAACAUAUCUCUAGAGGCAACAGUAUCAGUAAGGAAGAUUUCACGUUACUAACAAUAUGAAAUCUGUGUUCUUUACAGACGUACAAACUGCAACAUCAAAAUGCGUAUGCUUUGGAAAUGUGUACAUACGUCUGCAAAGUGCAUGACAACAGCCCCUCCAGCUGUGCUGGACUGAAAAAAGGUAACUGUUUUGUCGUGAUAGCAUACACCACCUAUUACAAUCCGUGUUUUACAUUAAUAUUAUGAUUGCUGAAACGGUUCUUUCUGUGAAAUAGUUCUGCAGUGAAAAGAUUAAUGUGAAUUUCAGUAAAGAAUUUGUGAAAUAUCUGUUAACUGUUUAGUAAAACACAACUAAAUUAUGAAAUUUGCAAAACAUUUUAAAUGUAUUGUAGAAAUUGGAAUGCAGGUGACGAUAUCAACAAAGCGAAAACAUUGCAUUCAUUUAUAUUGUUCUUAAACAAUGCACUUGCUAAUUUAAAUAUUUGCAUUUUAGGUGAUAUGCUGGCUAAUAUCAAUGGCAUAAGUACAGAAGGCUUUACUCACCAGCAGACUGUCGAUUUAAUCCGCUCAUCAGGAAAUUAUCUCAGGUAAGUGAGAAUAACUCACAAAGUUGGUUUGUAUCUCUCACACUUUUCCCAGAAGGUGUUCUGAUAUUUAGCACUAUUUAGAAUCAAAAAACACAAGGUGAUUGUGAUAAUUUACUCGCUUAAAGUACAUGCGGUUUAAGAUUAUUUUCUUGAGCGGCACAUUUUGUCAUAAUGCCUAUACAUUUAAUGUGAUAGGUUUGUCCAUGAUUUUUCCAUGGGAAUUGCUUGAAUUUUGCUCACUUUGGCAAUGCAACUUUGCUGCUAUGCACAAAGCAGUCAAGAGCAAAGCUGUAUAGUGUAGAGAAGUGAGAAUGAGCAUGUGGAAAGAAUUUGUAAGCCAUGGCACAUUUGCUGGACACAAUAGUAUAAGAAAUGGUUAAAUAAUUCUUGAUUAUGAUCCAAAAUGACUAAUGAACAGAAUCCAACCAUGGAUUCAACUUUUUAGGUGUCAUCAGCAUGGUGUACAUUUUGUCCAAAGUUGAAGUACUACUAUCAGCCUAUAGCUAAGUACUAAAGUUGUGGGGUAACCAAAAAUGAUACAACUCACCACAAAUGUAUGCAAACUCAAUAAUUACCAUUGUGCAACAUCUGCAUAUCUUUAGUAGGACCCUGGAAACAGUUCAGCUUGGGCACAGUAGUUUGAGCAAUAUUGUUUCCUCCAUAUUCCCAGAAAUCCCAGCUUGACAUGCAAAUGUUGAUUUAGGGAAGAGAAUGGAAGACAAGGCAUUUGUCAAGAUUAUUGAAUCAUUUGGAAAAGUAAACCUAAAUACAAUUUGAUUGUAAAAGAAGAUGGCAAAUCUGUGCAAAGAACUUUCUUCAUCCCUACGAUUUAUUAAUCCGCAUGUGAUUCGCUAACCCUAUUCAUGAACAUUUCCGUGGCCAGGUGCCACCAUACACUAGCCACCUUAUUAUAAUUAUACACAUGACCCAUAAGUACCUUAUGAACUUGCCUACUAUUUUAGUAUUAUAACACAUUUGAAUUUCAUUUUGAUUAUUUAAAUACAUGGUAAUUGUUUCCUUUGAUGAUGUUGUUGUUGAUGAUAGAAUUGAGACAGUGAAUGGGAUAAAGAUUAGAAGAACGGAACUUGAAGCCAGGCUGAUGUUUUUAAAGGUAAGUUAUGUAGAUAUUCACAUCUUUAGAAGUAAUCUGAAAACUUAAUUGUGGUAAUAUUAUAUUAACGUUAGCGUAAAUGCAAUUUACAACAGAGAAAACAAAAUUGAGGACAUUUACUUCCAAGAGUUGCAUUUAAAAAUGUUUGCAAGAUCGUAAGGUCUGGUGGAAAUAUAAUCAGCUGCUACCACUUUUACUGUGCACUACGCCCCCCAUAAUGCACGGCUAGUCUUCCAGCAUGUCCAGCUAGAUUAUCAGAGAUUCCCACAGACUCUGGAAUGACAGAGGUUCCCUAUCAAUUAUUAGUGUCAUCACUAAAGAGUGACCUGGGGGAGCCAUGUCCCCACCAGACCACCAGGGAUCAUAGCCCUGCUAUAGCACCGGAGAUGAUAGUUCUGAGUUCAUACCUCCCUGUAUUGGGAGAUAUGCAGCUACGGAUGACUGAUCAAUUUUUACCUGUAACUGGAUAUUAUUUGGGAUAGUUUUCAGGUGUGAUUAAAUAAGCACACACAAAGUCUUUCUAAAACUUAAUAUUUAACAACCCCAUUCAGAAAACACUUUGGUCCCUUUUGUAUUCUGUACUACUGUUUUUUUACUUGAAUCUAAAUAUGAGAUUAGUUUAAAGUAAGCUUUUUGCGUGUCCAAGUGGUUACAUGUCUCCAGAACUGACUUUGUUCUAGAACUAUGAUUUAUGAAUACAUUAUAUUUAUUUUGUUGUGUCUUUUUACAAGUUAAAUACGUAAUAGGUAUUGCUAGGAUUUUUGCUGUAUAUUUUUUUAUUCUUCCAUAGUUCAAUUUCUCUUCCUGACUAUUUAUUUGAAGCAUUCACUCAUGUUUCUUCACACCGAUCAAAGAUAGCAGAUAAAAGGUUCAAAACGAUAGGAAAUGAGCUGUCGGUUUUAAAGGGGUCAGGUGCCUGCUGGGAAAUAUAACAGAUUCAAAGAAUUAGAGACAGGAAAUGGAAUGCAAAUAUAUUUCAAAAACUGCUGAGCAGAUUUCAGAUAUAUGAGCACGAUAUGAAUAUGCGCAUUGGUCACAGGCAACCCUGAGCUAUAGAUAUGAAAGAACAGAGGUUUUUAAAAAAUUUUUUUUUUUUUACCAGCAUGAGUGACAAGCAUCUAUUUAAUAAAAUGCAACAGAAUUCUAAAUAAAAAGUAAUUUAUAAAAAAACUCAUACAGUGAGUUAAAACAGUUUAGCGUCAUUAUUUUAAUGUUUUAAUUAGAUAAUUUCUAAGAGAGGAGUGCCAUUUCUAAGAGAACCGAAAUAAAGGUGUAGGGUUCGGUUUUGCAAAUAUCGAGUGACAGAGUUACAUACGUAGCUUUAAUAUUUUAAUGAAGUUUCCAUAACUUUUGUUUCUAUAAACCAAACUCUUAAAAUUAAUAAAACUUUGUUUUCUCCACAAAGCAUGAAUUUAAUGAGAAAUGGGGCGAAUUGCAGACUUUAUCCAGAAAAGAACAACAGCUGAUUUAUGGUAACUUUUACAUUAUGUUAUAAUUAGAUUUAUUUGGUAGAUUAUGCUAUCUGUGAAAUAUUAGCUUUAUACGAGAAACCUAUUUCAUAUAAAUGAUGAAGAUAAUGUGAUAAAUGUAUAUUAUUGCAGAUUCAGAAUAGAGAAUAAACACACAUUGCAGUGUGGAUAAAAACAAAUGUUUCUCGCAAUAGAUGGGUUGACAGCAGAUUUUCUAUUCUACAGAAGAGGCUUUCUAUAAAUACAUAAAUCACUGUUUAUUAGAUAUAUUCCUCAAAUUAAAACAUGCAUGCAAUUAUUUAUGCAUUUUUUUUAAAACUGGGGUAUAUCUACCAAACAGCUUGUAGACGUUGCAGUUCAUUUGUCUACACCCUUUGCAAGCCCUUCCCUUCUAACCCAACCCAGACUUUCUGUAACUGUCCAAUCACAGACUUUCCAAUGCUGUUCAAUGAGAACACUGUGUAAGAUGCUCUGGGCCAUUGCUGCCUCUUGAGUUUAGCUCCACUUAGCUAAACAAACCAGGAAGUCACAUUAUGUAUUGUCUGAUUGACAGUACGGCGAGUGUAGCAAGGUUAAUAUAUAGAGGUGUCAGCUUUUUGUAAAAUGAAAAAAUAGGACACACUCUUCACACAAUGAGCACUUCAGCAAGCUAAAGUGCUUUACUAUUCUGAAUUAAUCAUUUAAAUCCCCAUACACUUGAUUACUUAUUUAUCUUUCAGAGAUGCAAUCCUAGAACAUAAGAUUAGACCGUUUGUGUAUCAUGUAUUAGGUCAUCUCUGACAGUCACAUACUUUUUCUUUUUCUCUUCAUUGUAACUAUCCUAUUCUCAGUUCCAACCUAAUGUCAUAAUUUUCACACCUCCCAUUUUAUGUAAUCAUUUGAAUUUGUUCAAUAAUCCUUAAAUUGCAUUUUACAUAUUCUUUUAAAAAAAAACUUUGUUGAAAAUGACCACCCCAUUCAGCUUUACAUUGGCUAUUUAGCUAAUGUAUAAUGUAUUAAGUAAAUUAUAAUUAAUAGUAGGGAUCGACUGAUAUUGAUUCUUUAGAGCCGAUACCAAUACCGAUAACUGUUACCAAUAACCUGUAAACUGUUAGGCCGAUAGCCGAUAACGUACCGAUACUGAUAUUAUGUAUAUUUACCAUUUUGAAAAAAGAAACAAUUUCUACACAAAUCUACUGUUAACUGAACAUGUUUAUUAUUAUUAUUUACUUAUUUUUUCAAUUUUUUUUUAUUAAGUGGUAAAUGCACAAAAUAUACGUGCCAGUCAGAUUUUUUAAAAUGUUUUAUUUAGUGUUCCUCUCCCCUCCCUUCCCGGUCCCUUAGUGUUCCUUUCACCUCACCUUACCUCCCCUCCCUGCCCCUUAAUGUUUCUCUCCCCUCCCUGACCCAUGGUGUACCUCUCUCCUCCCUGUCCCUUAGUGUGCCUCUCCCCUCCCUGUCUCUUAGUGUUACUCUCCCCUUACCUCCCCUCCCUGCCCUUAAUAUUCCUCUCCACUCCCCUCCUUGACCCUUAGUGCACCUCUCCCCUCCCUGUCCCUUAGUGUUCUCUCUCCCCUCCCCUCCUCUGUCCCUUAGUGUUCCUCUCUCUUCCUCCUCUCUCUGUCCCUUAGUGUACCUCUCCCCUCCCUUUCCCUUAGUGUUCUUCUCCCCUCACCUCCCUGUCCCUUAGUAUUCCUCUCUCCUCACCUACCUGUCCCUUAGUGUACUUCCCCCCCUUCCUGUCCCUUUGUGUUCCUUUCCACUCUCUCCCCCUUAGUGUUCUCUCCCCUCCCCUCCCUGUUCCUUAGUGUUCCUCUCCCCUUCCUGUCCUUUAGUGUUCCUCUCCCCUCCCCUCCCUGUCCCUUAGUGUUUCUUUCCCCUCCCCUCCCUGUCCCUUAGUGUUCCUCUCCCCUCCCCUCCCUGACUCUUAGUGUUUCUUUCCCCUUCCCUCCCCUGUCCCUUAGUGUUACUCACCUCUCCCCGUCCCUUAGAGUUCCUCUCCUCUCCCCUCCCUGUUCCUUAGUUUUCUUCUCCCCUUCCCUCCCCUCCCCUCCCCUCCCUGUUCCUUAGUGUACCUCUUCCCUCCCUGUCCCUUAGUGUUCCUCUCCUGUCCCCUCCCUGACUCUUAGUGUUUCUUUCCCCUUCCCUCCCCUGUCCCUUAGUGUUACUCACCCCUCCCCGUCCCUUAGAGUUCCUCUCCUCUCCCCUCCCUGUUCCUUAGUGUUCUUCUCCCCUUCCCUCCCCUCCCCUUCCUGUUCCUUAGUGUACCUCUUCCUUCCCUGUCACAUAGUGUUCCUCUACACUCUCUCCCCCUCCUCCCCCUUAGUGUUUCUCUCCCCUCCCUGGCCUUUAAUGUCCCCCCUCCUUAGUGUUCCUCUCCUCUCUCUCCCCACAUUAGUGUCUCUUUCCCUUCCCUGUCCUUUAGUGUUCCCCCUCAGUGUUUCUCUCCCCUCUCUGUCCUUCAGUUCCCCACCCACUUUAGGGCCUUAGAAGCUCCUGUACCACGGUCCGCUCCACUAGGCCAUGCUACACCGAGUGACUGGCAGGAGGAGACCCUCACAUUAUUUGCAAUAUCUGUAUCAAUAGUGGCCGAUACUGAUAUUUGCCAAAAUCCAAUAUAUCGGCCUAUCCCUAAUUAAUAGAAAAGCAUAAGAAAAGACAACAUAUAGUAUAAUUAUAUAGAUCCAUUGCUAUAAAAUACUAGACUGGGUUUAUAUCUUUUAUUUCUCGUUGUACAGGAACAGUAAAUGAAGCAAGAGUUGAAGAACAAUUGGAAUCCCUUCGUUUGGAAUUAUUUCCAAGCCACGCUCAAUCACCAAAGUCUUUCUUGAAUAAACACAGAUUCUCAAGUGGAAGUAGUUACGCGAGUCACUUGAGUUUAAUGACUGACUGCAGCGAAGACGGGUUUGGUCAGACAUCUGUGUUUGAUGAAGAUUCAGGCAGUGAAGCUUUCAGCCGUCAGUCAAGUAUAGACGAUGACUACUCCAGUGUCAAGUCCAAUGCACAUUCUUCAAAGAAAUCAACAUUACUGCGUCAUCGAACCAUCAGUAUGGCUAGUAGUGAGAGUGAAUCACAGUCACCCGGCUGGGACACAAUAAGACUUUCAAAUUUUUUCGGAACACUGCCACGAAAAAGUAGGCGGGGCAGUGUUAGAAAAAACUUUCUGAAAUUUAUUCCUGGUUUGCACCGAUCAGUGGAAGAAGAGGGAAGCCCAGUAUGAUAUAUUUGUCAAUUUAAUGACCUUUUACAGCAUUAAUGAGACUUGUAGACAAAGUGAAUUAGGAGGAAAAUUACAAUCUCGUAGCCCAUAUUUUUGAACAUGGUAAAGGCUGCUGAUGAGGUGUUAACAAUGUUUACACAAUCACAGUUUCAUAAUUCCAACACUUUCCAAAACCACUUAACCAUUAUCGAAUCAGUGAAAAAGGAACCCCGUAUUGUACAUCACGCACUGUGGAGAUCUCAAUCCUGCUGAAGGAGUUAUCAACACUUUCAUUGGACGAUUCAAAACUUAGCAAUUCAACACCUCAUAGGACUUGAAAAGAAUUUUAAAAUACUUUAAAAACAAACAAGAAAUGAUACCACAAAAUAUUUCUAUCAGGAUUAUUUAAAAAAACAAACUACAAAUUCUAGUGAAUUGAAAUAUGGAAUUGCAAAAUACGGGCUACAAAAGUAAAACUGUGUAUAUUGCCAAGUUUUAGAAUUUGUCCAGAUCUGGUAUUGCAAUCUGGACUUCAGUUUGCUAAAAUUUAGAUUUUAAUGAAUUAUUUUUUUUACGUAUUAGCUGAGGAGCAUAAUGAGCAACAGAACACCUAUCCUGACUUGAUGACAUGGACAUCCAACAUAAUCAGACAUUCCUUGUAAAUAAACUAGCACAAUUAAGGGAGCACCUUAACUACAAUUAACAUAGCAAAAUCAGUAACUUAAGAAUUGCACAUUGCAUAUCUGAUCACCUAUCACAUAUCUGAAAUAUCCGUUUAGGGAAACCUUAAAGAAACACACACACUGCAAUGUCCACAUUGAACAAAAUUAGUUAAUUAUCUGUUAGCAUUAUUGGUUCAUUCUUCUAACUUGAAACAGAUAGCAUGGCAAUGCGUCUGUCAUUGUACUGCAAAAUAUAUACAUAAUAUUUAUAUUUUGCAGUGCGCAAUGAUUGGCCAGUUUUCGCACCCUUUUGGUUUGUGCGAUUUUCUAUUUCCCUCAAAACAGUUACAGCGACAAAAUGAAUCUGAAAGAUAAUGGCAUAUGGAUGAAUCCUGAACCGACCAAAACAAUCUUUUUGAGCCAAGUCAAAUUCUCCUUUAUAUACUCAAAUUUGUCAAAAACUAUAACUCAUGUUGGUCUAAAUCAGGGGUUCUCAAUGUUAGUCCUCAGGACCCCCUACCAGUCCAGGGUUUAGGGAUUACCUGGGUGUGUCUAAGGUGUUUAGAAAAAAAAAAAAAAACACCUUAGAGUCUAAGAUGUGUUUUCCCCUUUUUCUAAACACCUGAGACACACCAAGGUAAUCCCCAAAUCCUGGACUGGUAGGGGGUCCUGAGGACUGGGUUGAGAACCCCUGGUCUAAGGUGUUUUUUUCCCUUUUUCUAAACACCUGAGACACACCCAGGUAAUCCCCAAAUCCUGGACUGGUAGGGGGUCCUGAGGACUGGGUUGAGAACCCCUGCCUUAGAGUCUAAGGUGUUUUUUUCCCUUUUUCUAAACACCUGAGACACACCCAGGUAAUCCCCAAAUCCUGAACUGGUAGGGGGUCCUGAGGACUGGGUUGAGAACCCCUGGUCUAAAUGGAAGAAUUAAAUUAAAUUUAUAAUCAAUAUUUAUGUUGUACAUAGUGCUAGAUAGAUCCUUAACUACAAUUUGUUUCUAUGUAAAAUGUGUAUAUAGAGUAUAUUGCCACACCUGUUUAUCUGGCUUUGUAGAUACCUGUCAAAAUAAAUAUACAUUUGGAACAUAGACUGUUAUAUAUACUCAAACAAUAUUCAGCUUAAGGUACAACAGAUACAGUGGUUUAUGCACCAAGCUUAAGAAUGUUAUUGAAUUAGAUUAUGGCAGCUUUCAGUGC